AUGUCCAGCCUGGAAUAUGACCAUGUGGAAUACGCCAGGCCUCCGAAACGGCUUAAGACCGAGCUGUACGAGAAGAGACCCGAAAAGGACGAGGCGCAGGAUGGAGAGGAGCUGGAGGAAGGGGAGGAUUCUGACUGCAGCUCUCCGCUCGCCUCUGCACAGACUGCAGCAGACAGCAGGGGCCGCUGGGCAGGCCCCGCGCAGAAGGAUAAUGUGGAAGACUUGCACCGCCACUCUCCCAGUCCUGUGGUCCAUGUUCGGGGGUUGUGCGAGGCCGUGGUGGAGGCUGACCUUAUUGAUGCCCUGCAGAAAUUUGGCACCAUAUGUUAUGUGAUGAUGAUGCCGUUCAAACGCCAGGCCCUGGUGGAAUUCUCUGAUGUGGAGAGUGCUAAUCAAUGUGUCUCCUGUGGCACCAAGAAGACGGUGUACAUUGCAGGCCAACAAGCUUAUUUUAACUACUCCACAUCCAAGAGAAUCACCAGACCCACCAAUGCAGACGACCCCAGCAGUGGCAACCAAGUACUGCUCCUGUCCAUUCAGAACCCACUCUACCCCAUCACCACGGAUGUGUUGUACAAAGUGUGUAAUCCCAUAGGAAAUGUGCUCCGGAUUGUCAUUUUCAAAAGGAAUGGGAUCCAGGCUAUGGUGGAGUUUGAAUCAGUACAGUUUGCACAGAAAGUCAAAGCAGCAUUGAAUGGAGCAGAUAUAUAUGCAGGCUGUUGUACCCUGAAGAUUGAGUAUGCACGGCCCACACGUUUGAAUGUAAUCAAGAAUGACAAUGAGAGCUGGGACUACACAAAACCCUAUCUAAUGAGAAGAGAGCGUGGUAAGGGUCGACAGCGUCGGGCCAUAUUAGGAGAACACCCGCUAUCCUACAGUGAUAGUAGUUAUGGUCCACUGGGCUCUCUGCUGCCUUUCCCUCGCAAUGGCGGAUACAAGCUAACGUCAAUGGAUGUCCCAGAUAUGGUGUCUUACCCUCUGCCCCAAUCAUCCAGCCCGUUCUCGGGACAGCCCCCAAGUUCUGUUGCCAUGGUGAGCGGCCUGCAUCCAGCCAAAAUGAACUGCACCCGUAUUUUCAACCUCUUCUGCCAAUAUGGAAACAUAGAAAAGGUGAAGUUUAUGAAGAGUGUUCCUGGGACUGCGCUGGUGGAGAUGGGAGAUGAGUAUGCAGUAGACCGGGCCAUCACUCACCUCAAUAGUGUCAAAGUGUUUGGCAAAAGACUCAAUGUCUGCGUGUCAAAGCAGCAUGCCGUCAUCCCCAGUCAGGUCUUUGAGCUGGAAGACAACAGCAGCAGUUACAAGGAUUUUGCCAUGACUCGAAACAAUCGCUUCAGCAGUGUUGGACAGGCCUCUAAGAUCAUCAUCCAGCCUCCGUCCGCUGUGCUGCACUUCUACAACGUCCCCCCCUGCAUCUCCCAGGAUUACCUCCUGAAGCUCUGUGUUGAGCUCAGUGUUCCCGGAUUUGUCAAAUUCAAGGUCUUUGAUGCCAAAACUUCUUCCAAAACUUUAUCAGGACUUUUGGAGUUUGAGAGUAAAACAGAUGCAGUGGAGGCGCUGACCGUGCUCAACCAUUACCAGAUCAGGAUCCCCAAUGGCUCUAAUCCAUACACCCUGAAGCUGUGUUUCUCUACUUCAUCUCAUCUGUAA